AUGGCUUCACUUUCUAAGUUUGUCCUUGGUGUUGCAGCCGCGCUGCUGACCGUCCAGAUCCGCGCCGCACCAGUCCCAGAGGUUCCCUACAAAUAUGUCUUAGCUUUCAGUAUCGACGGUAUGCAUUCCAGUGACGUGGAAAAGUACACUGCGGCGAGACCGGGCUCCAAUAUAACCAAGCUUUUGUCCACCGGCUACGAGUAUACGAACGCCUUCACAUCUGCCCCUUCGGAUUCUUUUCCCGGUUCCAUUGCACAGUUCACUGGUGGAAGCCCACGAACCACAGGCAUCUGGUAUGACGAUGUAUGGGACUGGACGUAUUAUCCGCCAGGAAGCAACUGCACCGGCACUCCAGGCGCCGAGGUUGCGUACGCAGAAAACCUCGAUUACAACUCGAGUCUCCUGUGGUCCGGGGGGAUUGAUCCCGGGAACCUGCCGCAGACGCUUGUAGACGGCAAGUGCGUUUCCGUCUACCCACAUUCGAGGGUGCAGGUGAACACGGCCUUCGAGGUCGCUAGAGCGGCAGGGCUUCAGACGGCCUAUGUCGACAAGCAUCCCUCGUACGAGAUCAUGAACGGUCCCAGCGGCAAAGGUUUGUCCGUGGGCUACUUCCCGGAGAUCCAAGCAGUCCCCGUGACGGUGAACGACACCAUCGCGUACGACGAACUGCACGUGCAGGCCUGGCUCAGCCUCAUCGAAGGCAAGGCGCCGUUGAACUCGAGUGGAGCUCUCAACACCUCGGCGAUGCCGUCGUUGAUGGGCGGGAAUUUCCAGUCGGUGUCCGUGGCGCAGAAAACCGUAGGGUACAACAACGACUCAACCUCAUCACUGAGUCCUGCUCUGAUCCACGCGUUCGACUAUGUGGACGCCGCUCUCGGGCGGAUCCGGGCCAAGCUGGAGCAGAAAGGGUAUCUCAACGACACGUUGAUCAUCGUCGCCAGUAAACACGGCCAGGCUCCGAUCAACCCCCGGCUCUGGACAGAAGUCGAUCCAGAUGCGCUGGUCAACGCGACGGGUGUGCCGGUGGCCUUCGCGACGACGGAUGACAUCGGCCUCAUUUGGCUGAAUGACACGGCUGACAUUCCCACCGCGGUCGGCAAUCUUGCGAAGAAUGCAUCCGAGCUGGACAUUCAGACGACGAUCUCCGGCGCUCAAUUGAUCGCACAAGGAUUUGGGAAUUCGGCGGCGUCAUCCCGCGUGCCCCAUCUCAUUGUUCGACCAAAACUUGGGACCUGCUUUACAACGUCCAAGACGAAAUUGGCGGAGCACGGCGGCUUGAGCGACGACGACCGAAAAGUCGCAUGCUUCAUUAGUAACCCUAAGCUUCAGAAGAUGACCUGGUCCCAGGCGGUCAACACUACCCAGAUAGCGCCCACGAUUCUAAAGGCCCUGGGGCUGGACCCAAAUGCGCUGGAAGCGGUCCUGUCUGAGAAUACGCCACUUCUACCUGGCUUCGCUUAA